UCAAGGCCCAGGCAUCGGAGCCGCGCCAAGGAGAAGCUGCGGGUGCAGUGCAAACCUGAGGGAGGCGGCAGCGCUCCGGGAGAGGGUGAACGAGGUGGCGGCAGAGGCGGCAUCGCUGCAAAAGUCAACCGCCGGGCGUGAGGAGAAUUAAAUAGGCCUCUACUGCACUGUCCCGCAUUCCAUUCCUCUCCGUUUGUCCAACUCUUCUUCCACCUUCAUCCAGGGAGAUGGAGAAUACAACGUUGAACAGGUUACACCACACAAGUGGGGCGACAUCCCAGUUUGAGUUCGCGUUGUUAGAACAGAUUACUGACAAUUUUUCCAAGGACCGUAUAAUUGGUCGCGGUGCCUAUGGAGUGGUUUACAAGGGAGUCAUGGACAAUGGGGAAACGAUUGCCGUGAAGAGGCUCAGCUACAUGCCUCCAGAUCAUGUCAGUGAGAAACAAUUCCAUAAUGAGUGUACUAACCUUAUGAGGGUCCAACAUCAAAAUAUUGUUCGGUUAGUUGGCUACUGCAGUGAAACACAUCACACAUCUAUUGAACAUAAUGGAGAACUUGUUUUUUGCAAAGAGAAUAAAAGAGCUCUCUGCUUCGAGUACUUGCAAGGCGGAAGCCUGGACAAACACGUCUCUGACGAGCCAUGCAGUCUUGAUUGGGACACGUGUUAUAAAAUAAUUAAGGGAGUCUGCGAGGGCUUAAACCACCUCCACAAUGGAUACAAAGAUCCUAUUUUCCAUUUGGACUUAAAACCUGGAAACAUAUUGUUGGACAACAACAUGAUUCCGAAAAUUGGAGAUUAUGGUUUAUCAAGUCUUUUUUCUACAACCAAAACAUGUACCACAACAACACCUUUGGGAACAAUGGGAUACACACCACCUGAAUUCGCCAGCAAACAAGAAAUCUCAUCUAAGUAUGAUGUAUUCAGUUUGGGUGUUGUAAUAAUACAUAUGAUAGCAGGACGCAAGCACUACUAUGACCAUGUGGAUACUCCUUCCAAAAUCAUUGAGCUUGUAUGUGAAAACUGGGAAAAAAGGCUACACGCAAUGAUGUGGUCACAUGCAUCACAAGAAAUUAAGACAUGCAUUGAAAUAGCGUUAAGAUGUGUGAAGUCUGACCGACAAGAAAGGCCUACUAUAAGCAAUAUUGUUGAUGAUCUUAAUAGGAUUGAUAUUGCAAAAAAUUUACCGCUUACAUGGAAGGGAGAUAUUGCGCCCAAACCUAAGAUGGUUGGUGUAUCUCAAAGAAUACCGGUGGUGAUACCUGCAACUGAUAUACUUACUUCAGCGCAAAGGGAAUCAAGAAAUGUACCACCCACAAAGGGUAUAACAAACAUUGUCAACCGUGAAUGGAAAGGAGGAAAUCAAGUUGAUGGUUUAAUGAAAGGAGAUCUAAUGGAGGCCCCGGUUUGCGCUUUGGUGGAUGCCAUGUUCAGACUUCCCAGAAAGCUCAAUGCGCUACUUGUCUGUCACGGCCACAUGCUGCCCCGGGGUGCAGCAGACGAGAUAUCUCUCAUCAAGCAAGAUCUUGAGAAGAUGGUAGCCAUUCUCCAAGAGCACGGUGAAUCGAGAGUGCAGGAUCAUGCCAUGAUGGUCAAGUGCCUGACCAAGGAGGCACGCGAGCUGACCUAUGACAUGGAGGACAGCGUCGACCAGUACGAGCAUGCCGCCGGCACCAGGAGAUGGAUAUUAUCUCCCUGCCGUAAGAACUACAAGAUCACUCGCCGUAGGGAGAAGACCAUCAGGCUCCCAGAGAAGCUCAAGUGGCGCCUAUGGAUGGCCAGCAAGAUCAGGGAGUUCAGCAUGCGCUCGCAGGAGGCGCUUCAGCGGUACAGCUUGUUUAACCACCCUGGUGGCAAUGGCAUCAGCAGCAGCACUGCUUCGACUUCUACUAGAUGUGACCCGUCUUUUGGCUCUUGGCUUCCCACACCGUAUGGUGAGCCUGUUGGCAUCAUUGCCCCUCUGAAGAAGCUUGAAGAGUGGCUAGAUAAGAAUGGGGAGCAGAAGUUCAAGGUGGUUUCUGUUGUUGGAUCUGGAGGGGUUGGUAAGACCACGCUUGCUAAUGAGCUGUACCGUAGAAUCAGUGGGCAAUUUGAGUGCCGGGCAUUUGUACGUACAUCCCGAAAGCCUGAUGUCAGAAGGCUUCUCAUCAGCAUGCUAUCACAAGUUCGGCCACACCAGAGCCCCCACAGUUGGAAGAUGCAUAAUCUGAUUGCUGACAUCAGGACGCAUCUCCAAGAUAAGAGGUACUUGAUCGUAAUUGAUGAUAUAUGGGAUAUGCAAACAUGGGAUAUCAUCAACCGUGCUCUGCCGGAUGGUAAUCUUUGCAGUGGGGUACUAAUAACAACAGAAGUCGAGGAUGUAGCUCUGAGAUGUUGUGGUUAUGACUCCAAGUAUGUUUUUACAAUGAAACCACUGGGUCACGAUGAUUCAAGCAAAUUAUUUUUCAACACAGCUUUUGGUCCAAAAUAUGAAUGUCCAUCCGAACUCAGUGAAGUUGCUAACAAUAUUAUAAGGAAAUGUGCUGGUUUGCCACUAGCAACAGUUAUUGUUGCCAAUAUUUUAGUAAGCCAGAUGGGCAAACAAGAGCAAUGGGAUUAUGUAAACAAAUCCUUAGGUUAUGGUUUGAGGACAAAUCCUAAUCCUGAAGGGAUGAAACAAGUACUGAACCUUAGUUACAAUAGUCUUCCUGAGUAUUUGAAGCCAUGUGUGAUGUAUCUCAGUGUAUAUGAAGAGGACUACAUUGUUCAGAAGGAUGACAUGGUCAAGCAAUGGAUAGCUGAAGGUUUUAUCCGUUCAAUAGAAGAGAAAAACAAGGAGGAAAUAUCAAGGAGCUAUUUUGAUGAGCUUAUCAGUAGUAGAAUGAUCCAACCUGUACAUGUAAAUGACAAUGAUGAUGUUUUGUCCUGCAGUGUGCAUUACAUGGUACUUGAUUUUGUCACGCACAAGUCCAUAGAAGAGAAUUUUGUCACUGCAUUAGAUCAUUGUCAGACAACUGCAAUACUAGCUGACAAGGUUCGUCGACUGUCUCUUCACUUUGGUAAUGAAGAAGCAACAUCACCAACAAAUAUGGGUCUAUCACAGGUUCGAACUCUUGCAUUUUUUGGGGUCUUCAAGUGUUUGCCUUCCAUUAUGGAUUUUGGGCUACUUCAAGUUCUAAUCCUACAUGUUUGGGUUGAUGAUGAGAGCAUCAGUUUUGAUCUCACUAGAAUAUCUGAGCUUUUUCGGCUGAGAUAUUUUCAUGUCACAUGUAAUGCCACCUUAGAAGUACCACAAACCCGGAUGCGAGGUCUGAAAUAUUUGGAGACAUUGAAAAUAGAUGCAAGAGUAAGCGAGGUUCCUUCGGACAUUGUUUAUUUGCCGAGCUUGUUGCACCUAAGUCUUCCUGCUGAGACAAAUCUGCCCAAGGGUAUUGCCCGCAUGACAUCGCUUUGCACACUUGGAUAUUUUGAUCUAAGUGUUAACUCAACAGAGAAUGUGCAGAGCAUCAGCAAGCUGACUAAUAUGCAGGAUCUUCGGCUAACCUGUUCCACAGUGCCUUCCUCUCAUCUAAAGAGCAAAAUGGAUAUUAUGUGCUCCGUUAUCGCAAAACUCUGUGACCUCAGAUCUCUAAUUCUGGAGCCUUCAAGUGUUCUGGCCUUUGGAUCUUCAAACAUGAGCAUUUCCUGUGAAGGGUUCAGCAGCAUGACCUCUCCUCCAGCAUUUCUUCGGAGAUUUGAGUGGUUGCCGCAAAUAUGCACAUUCUCUAGCCUCCCCAAGUGGAUUGGACAUCUGGGCAAGAUCUGCAUUUUGAAGAUUGGGGUUACAGAACUUGUGAGGAAUGAUGUUGAUCUUCUCAGAGGAUUGCCUGCACUUGCUGUUCUGUCGUUGUAUGUCCGAACAAAUCCUACAGAAAGAAUUGUCUUCAGUAAGACAGGAUUCUCGAUUCUCAAGUACUUUAACUUCCAGUGCAGUAUACCUUGGCUGGAAUUUCAGGUAGGUGCGAUGCCUAAUCUCCGGACCCUCAAGCUAGGUUUCGAUGCCCAUGGAGAGAAUCAACAUGGAACCAUGCCUGUUGGCAUUGAGCACUUGUCAGGCCUUAAGGAAAUCUCUGCGAAAAUUGGGGGUGCUGGUGCUGAUGACCCUGAUAGAACGGCUGCAGAAUCAGCAUUGAGUUGUGCCAUUAAAAUUCAUCCGGCACGUCCCACCUUCAACAUACAGUGUGUUGAUCGGAUCUUCACCGGCCAGGAUGAUAAUAAUGGCGGGGUUCAAGAGGAAGAAAACAUGACUCUGGAAAAACAAUAUGAGAUCAUGGAGGAAGACUCAAUUGAACAGCAUGAAAUCCUUCACAGCGACUCUGGGGCGCUGGCUGGUGGCAGCCAAUUAGUGAGGCAGUACCGCGGGGUGCGGAAGCGGCCGUGGGGCAGGUUUGCGGCCGAGAUCCGGGAUCCCGCGAGGAAGCAGCGUGUCUGGCUCGGCACCUUUGACACCGCUGUUGAAGCCGCGCGGGCCUACGACGUCGCCGCAUUACACUACCGUGGCCGCUCCGCCAAGGUCAAUUUCCCCGAGGUCGGCGUACGCGUGGACGCGCUUCACUCCGGCGGCCGCCGCCCUCCGGUCGCCCCAUGCCCACCGUCGACAGUGAUGUCCGAGAGUCAGGUUACUUAUAGGGAGAUCAGAGGAAGUGUGCCCGGAGUCCGCGAGGCGGGAAGGAGAAGUCAAAGUACGACUGGAUCUGGCUCUGGCCUCACGUCACCUGCGAUGUCAGAGAGUAUGGUUACAUACAGUAUGGUCAGCGGAAGUACGGCUGGCUCGACGACGGAUGACCUCUUGGACUUGAACCUCACCCUUUGAUGACUAUGCCGAUAAAAUCUAUCUUAACCGUGUUCAGUGCACAAAGUUCUUGAUAUUGGAUCCCAUGUACUCCGUACCAGUGUACCACCUAGUUCACCUAAAAAACCGAACUAUGGCCAUGCAUUAUAUUUCGAUUCUUUACUGCAACUACUAUCUGAAGGAAAAUUUAGUCGCCUGAUUUUAUCUGAAGCUGUCUGAGAUCCCGGACGUGGAUGUGUGCCUGCCGUCGCAGAUCAGCUUGAGAAUUUUGAAAUGAGAAAAGGGGCAUUCCUAAGCCUGCGACGUCUGUGCUUUGUAGUGCGAAGUUUUGCUUCACCUCUGCCAGUAAUCAAACAAGGGGCUCUUCCAAACCUCGUCUCACUCCCAACUUCUCUGCCCGCUCUAGUUGGUCUUUCUAGCAUCCAAAU